CUCCUUCUCUCUGGGGGAUUGUCAUUAUUUGGUCUACUGUUUCCUCGCAUUUCAAAAAUUCAGAUUUCCUGAACGCACCUCGAAACUCUCACGCACACAUACAAACACCAAAUGCCACAGAUGAUGCUCUUGUGUAAGAGACAGGUGGAUACUGGAGAUACAAGAGACGGUAACUGAGGACAGAGAAGAGAAGAGAAGAGAAGAGAAGAGAAGAGAAGAGAAGAGAAGAGAAGAGAAGAGAAGAGAAAGCAACACAAGAGAAGAAAAACACAGAGACAAGUUGUGAUACUUCAACGGUGGCAGUUUUUGGAUCAUGAUUGACGGAUGAAUGAUAUUACGGGAACCAUGGAGAGACACAUGAAUAUGUACAUGUAGUCACACCCUAAAACCUACAUAGACUCUACAGAUGCUUUUGAAAAGCAUCAGGAGGAUGCAUGGCUUUUUCUUUGAAGGACGGUGGAGAUGGACACAUCAUUUCCUUCUUGUCAUCUGGCUUUCACUUAUGACAGCCGCUCCGCCCAAAGCACUUGGCUAUUUCCUGGGAGACACUAAGGCAGUAUUGAAUGGCUGUGAGGACCACUGGACCCUGCAGGACAGCGCCACCAUGCCGCUGCUUCUUCAGAUGACUUUAUGUGUUGAUAUCCGUGUGGUGGUCCCCGGAGCUUGGGUGGCGUUCUCUUACAGCUCGGUCCUUACACCCGGACCUGAGCUGGGUCUGGAGGGAGACGAUGAGGCACUGUAUGGGUGGCUGCUAAGGGUCCGACACAGAUUUCCUAUGCGGCUGUCCCCAACACACUGGCAUAGAGUGUGUCUGAGGAGGGACGUAUUGCGCAACUCCUUUAGCCUGGAGGUUAAUGGGAAAAUGGUGGCAGAGAGGACAGUCAUCGCUCAGGCCAUCCCCCCAAACGGCUCCCUGUGGCUGGGCUGCCGUCCCAGGGAUCGACCCCCAGGAGCCGUACUCGGGGAAGUGGAGUUGUAUCUGUUCCGCAUGUGGGCAGACCUGGGCAACCAUGGCCUCUGCGAGGACGGCACUGUGAUUGGCUGGAAUGCUCAGUCCUGGGGCUUGACCAGUCCCAGGGCCAGGCAGAGAGACCCAAACCUCCUGUGUGUUGACCGCAGACAGUUGAGACGUGGGGCACAUGCUCACAGAAGCCUUACUGAUGCACUCCCAAUUGGAUUUGGACGGGUCUUCCCACCUCCACCUGGUGAGAAAGACAAUAAUAUCUAA